AUGGGCUUCAAAGUCAUCAUUGUCGGCGGUAGCGUCUCGGGCCUCUCUUUAGCCAACAUGCUGGAGAGGCUCGACAUCGACUACACCCUCCUCGAGGCAUACCCUAAUAUUGCGCCACAGGUUGGUGCGAGUAUCGGCUUACUCCCUAACGGGUUCCGCAUUCUUGAUCAACUUGAGUGUUUUGAACCAAUCCUUGAGAUGGUUGGAGAAUAUCACCUGAGAAACAGCCUUCGCGGCCCGGAUGGUAAACCGCUGGGUCCGCCUAGCUUGGUGAAUAUCCAACACCUAGAAGCUCGGCUUGGGUACCCUUCCAUCUUCAUCGACAGACAGAUGCUUCUGCAGGUUCUGUACGACAACCUGAAGAACAAAGACAAAGUCAUCCCAGAGAAACGAGUUGAAAAGGUAGAGCUCCUCGAGGAAGGGGUGCAUGUUCACACAAAAGAUGGCUCUGUCUAUGAAGGCGACAUUGUGGUCGGGGCAGACGGUAUCCACAGUACUGUCCGAGAAGAGAUGUGGCGCAUCGGUCAUGACGAACGACCAGGCUAUUUUCCUCUUGACGAACACUCUAGAGUACCCGUCGCAACGAAAUGCAUCUUCGGCAUCUCCAAACGCCCAAGCAACCUCCCCAUCCACAAUCAACAGAUGGUAUUCAACGAAGGGAGAAGUUACCUCAUCAUCAGCGCCCCUGGCAAUCGGACAUACUGGUUCCUGUUCUCAGGCGUCGGAGACACCAAGUACGGCAAGGACAUACCAAGGUACUCCAAAGAAGACACAGAGAAGCUUGCUCUCGAGCACUGGGAAGAUUUGGUCUUUGAAAAUGUCACAUUUGGCGACAUCUACAAAAACAAGAUCAUGGCCACUUUGGUGCCUUUGGAGGAGUACGUCUUUGAGAAGUGGCAUUAUCAACGAAUCGUAUGCAUUGGCGAUGCUAGUCACAAGAUCGACCCCAUCUCCGGCCAAGGAGGCAACGGCGCCAUGGAGGCUGCGGCGCUCCUCACAAAUGCUCUGACCGAAAUGCUAGAAAAGAAUCCCAAGGCUCAAUCCACGGAAAUUGUCGAGGCCGCUUUGGCCCAGGUUCACAUUAACCGCCACGAGCGAGCGAAGACCUUGGUCGCGAAUGCCCAUACGCUUCAACAGGUCUUGACAGGAAGAUCACCGUACUCCAAGAUUGUUACCAAGUAUCUCGUCCCCAUAUUGGGCGAUGAAGGCUUCCUCGGCACGGCGGUCCCGAUUUGCAAGGCUAGCCACAGGGUUUACAGGCUUCCCUUACCCCAGCGACGCCGUCUUGUGCCUUUUGACGAUGAGCUUCCUGCCCGACCCAUGACAAGUCAAGCAAGUCAAGCAGCAUCGAGAAUGGCUCUUGUAUUGGCAUCUGGAUCCAUUGUAGCGUUACUCUACUACUCUGGCGGUAUUGACCAUCUCUCUGAGUUGAAAGAAAGCGUCAGACUAGUGAUGUCUGAAUCUUGGGACCUUGGUCUCGCCCAAGGAGCAUCAAGUCUAACAAAGACAUCUUCGCUUGGUAGUCUUGUUGAACAGAUCCAAUUCAAGACAAGUCUCUUCUCUGCGCUAGUCGUCUGGCUUGCAGAGGGUCAUAGAUUCGGCAACAGACUCUCGGUUCUUCUAUGGCCUUCGCUUUCUGCUGCCGCUCUCACAGUCUUCGGGCCUAAAGCCUUCAUGCCGCUACUGGGUCUUGGCGUAGUCACCCAAGGCACCAACACUCUUCCUGGAAGACACGUACCAGUCAAGUACGCCAAGGCGAUUCUGCCGUCAGCCAUCGUUGGCUACGCCAUUCCCACGAUACUGGCCAGCCUGCCAAUUCAAGACCUACAGCUCCAACAGACGAUCUGCCUCGUUGCAUCUGCCGCUCCAAUCUUCAGCGCGGCUCUACUUAACGGCAUUGCCUCAAUCAUACAGAAGGUGAAGGACGUAACUUCAUCAACAAAGGCCAAAGAGGACGUAAAGGUUGAAGACGAGGAGGACUUCGUUGACAUGUACGACAAAAGGGAUGUGGUGCCGCUCAAGAUGGCAUACGCAUUCGCGGUGGGAGUCUGCGCUACCGUCCAUGUUGCGAGCGUGGUAUACCCUAUCCUGUCAACAACUUCAUCUAGCAACUUGGCAGAUGGUUCUCAAACGAGCACCAGCAUUUUCGGACUCGCUUCUGCUGCCUUGUCUCUCUACUCGGCGUGGAAUUUGCGAUCAGAGGGCUUUGUAACAACCAAGCAGGCAUUGUUGGGCUCUCUGGGGUCCAUUGCCAGUGGCUUUGCCGUGGGCCCUGGUGCAGCGCUUGCAAGUUUCUACUACUGGCGUGAAAGUGUUUUGGAUGGCUUGAGCAACUAG